AUGGUGGACGCGAACCUGGGCAGGCAGAUGCAGGGCGCUGUGGCCGACCCCGUCCUCGGCCCGGUUACGCGGCAGGUCAGCGGCCGCGCCGCCCCAGCCGCAGUCCCGAGCGGCCCCGAGCGCGGCCAGCCCCUGGCCGCAGCGGUAGCCGAGCUGCCUGUGCUGGACGCCUCCGGGAGGCAGGUGCCCUUCGGCGCGCUGUUUCGGGAGCGUCGGGCUGUCGUAGUCUUCGUGCGGCAUUUCCUGUGUUACAUUUGCAAGGAAUACGUAGAAGAUCUGGCCAAAAUCCCCAAGAGUUUUUUACAAGAAGCAGAUGUCACCCUAAUAGUGAUUGGACAGUCAUCCUACCAUCAUAUCGAGCCUUUCUGCAAACUGACUGGAUAUUCUCAUGAAAUCUAUGUUGAUCCUGAGAGAGAAAUUUAUAAAAAAUUGGGAAUGAAAAGAGGUGAAGAAAUUGCCUCCUCAGGAAAGAGCCCCCAUAUAAAAUCAAAUAUACUCUCAGGAAGCAUUCGGAGCCUGUGGAGGGCAGUGACUGGCCCUCUUUUUGAUUUUCAAGGAGACCCUGCUCAGCAAGGCGGAACCCUCAUCUUAGGUCCAGGUAACAACAUCCAUUUUAUACACCGUGAUAAAAAUAGGUUGGAUCACAAACCCAUCAACUCUGUUUUACAGCUUGUAGGAGUUCAGCAUGUGGACUUUACAAGCAGACCUUCAGUUAUCCAUGUGUAAUGGCAUAGACUGUUGUCACUUUCAAAUGGACCCUUGGGGUAGGACCUGAAAUGUUCAGAGUUGGGUAUCCUUGUGCAGUGUCUAACUUGUUGGCGUGUCCCAGCCUUUGAGGAGUUAUGAAAACAUGAAAAGACCAUGUACCAGUCAUUGCAUGCUGGGAGGCAUUAGUUGUCAAAAAUAUGAUCUAUAUUUAUAAUUCUAUAGCUUUUAAAAUUUUAUUUAUAUAAAACUUU